UCUCCGUAAUCCCCCGCCACUUCGUUAAACCCCUUGAUCCCUCUAAAUCCUCUGAUAUCUUCCAUAAUCCCUCUAAAUCCUCUAUAUCUUUUCAAAACAUUAUUCAUCAAACUUACAUGUAUCACAAAAUCAAUUAGGACAUGCUGACUUAUAGAAAUGCAAAAACAAUAAGAAAUAACAAUUCUUCACGUUUUGGAAAAUUUAUUCGUAUACAUUUUAACAAAGCUGGACGAUUGACGGGAGGAGACAUAGAACAUUAUUUGUUGGAAAAAUCUCGUGUAAUAAAACAAUUGGGAGGAGAAAGAUCCUAUCAUAUUUUCUAUCAAAUAAUGUCUGAUGGAAUUAAUGGACUUAAAAAAAAGCUUUAUUUAAAUCGCCCAAUAAGCGAUUAUCAUUUUGUUGCCCAAGCAGAGGUUGCUAUAGAAGGAUUAGAUGAUAGGGAAGAAAUGUUAAUUACUGAUGAAUCUUUUGAUAUUAUGAAGUUUACUGAAAAAGAAAAAUUCGAAAUGUAUGCCCUAGUUGCUGCUGUAAUGCAUAUGGGGGAAAUGCGCUUUAAACAACGUCCGAGAGAGGAACAGGCUGAGGCUGACGAUAUUAAAGAGGGUGAAAUAGCUUGUAAACUUUUUGGAGUGGAUAAAGAUGCUUUUUUAACUGCAAUUCUCCGACCACGUGUAAAGAUUGGUGCUGAAUGGGUUAAUAAAGGCCAAAAUUUGGAACAAGUAAACUUCUCUGUUGGAGCCCUCGCCAAAGCUUUAUAUGCCCGAAUGUUUGCCUGGCUUAUUCGACGUUGUAAUGCAACACUCGAUGUUCGAGACAAACAACAAAGAGAAGGGCAACAUUUUAUUGGGGUGUUGGAUAUUGCCGGCUUUGAAAUAUUCGAAUUAAAUUCUUUUGAACAAUUAUGGAUUAAUUUUGUUAAUGAAAGACUUCAACAAUUUUUUAAUCACCAUAUGUUUAUAUUAGAACAGGAAGAAUAUCAACGAGAGGGUAUUCAAUGGGCAUUUAUAGACUUUGGCUUAGAUCUUCAACCAUGUAUUGAAUUAAUUGAAAAGCCACUUGGAAUUAUCUCAAUGUUAGAUGAAGAAUGUAUUGUACCUAAAGCUACUGACAGUACCUUUGCAGAAGCCCAUUUUGCCGUUAUUCAUUAUGCCGGAACUGUACAAUAUAAUGCUCAUUCAUGGCUUGAGAAAAAUAAAGAUCCUCUCAAUGAUUCUGUUGUUGCCGUUCUAAAAUCAAACCCCGGAAUGUCUUUACUUAAAUUUAUUUGGGAAGAUUACCAAACACAGGAAGAUGAAAAGAAGGCAAAAUUAUCUAAUAAAUUUUUUGAAAAAUAA